AUGCUCCCGCGGGCAGCCCCGGGAUGAAGCUGAAGAAGCAGGUGACGGUGUGCGGGGCAGCCAUUUUCUGCGUGGCCGUCUUCUCCCUCUACCUGAUGCUGGACCGCGUGCAGCACGACCCUGCCCGGCACCAGAAUGGGGGCAAUUUCCCCAGGAGCCAGAUCUCAGUGCUGCAGAACCGAAUUGAGCAGCUGGAGCAGCUCCUGGAGGAGAACCAUGAAAUCAUCAGCCACAUCAAGGAUUCUGUUCUGGAGCUGACAGCCAAUGCCGAGGGGGCGCCUGUAGUGCUGCCUUUCCACAUGCCCAACGGCUCCUGGAUCCUGCCCCCUGAGAGCCGGCCCAGCUUCUACUCCGUUUCUUCUCAGGACUGUCAGUUUGCACUGGGGAGCAAUGGCCACAAGGCAGACUUACAGAUGUUGGCUGUCUCUGCGUUACUCCCAUAUGACAACCAGGAUGGUGGGGUGUGGAAACAAGGUUUUGAUAUCAGUUAUGAGCCCCACGAAUGGAACACGGAGCUGCUGCAAGUAUUUGUGGUACCUCAUUCCCACAAUGACCCAGGCUGGAUCAAGACGUUUGACAAAUAUUACUUCGACCAGACACAGCACAUCCUUAACAGCAUGGUAGUGAAGCUGCAGGAGGACCCACGGCGGCGCUUCAUCUGGUCUGAAAUCUCCUUCUUCUCCAAAUGGUGGGACAACAUCAGUGCUCAGAAACGGGCUGCUGUCCGCAGGCUUCUGGGCAACGGGCAGCUGGAGAUGGCAACAGGAGGAUGGGUGAUGCCAGAUGAAGCCAAUUCCCACUACUUUGCCCUGAUUGACCAGCUCAUAGAGGGGCACCAGUGGCUGGAGCGGAACGUGGGGGUGACACCACGCUCUGGUUGGGCCGUCGAUCCCUUUGGUCACAGCGCCACAAUGCCGUACCUACUGCGUCGUGCCAAUCUGACUGGCAUGCUCAUCCAGCGUGUGCAUUACACCAUCAAGAAGCACUUUGCAGCGACCCAGAACCUGGAGUUCAUGUGGAGGCAAAGCUGGGAUCCCGAUUCCAGCACCGAUAUCCUCUGCCACAUGAUGCCCUUCUACAGCUACGAUGUGCCCCACACCUGUGGCCCUGACCCCAAGAUCUGCUGCCAGUUUGACUUCAAGCGCCUGCCAGGGGGCCGAAUCAACUGCCCUUGGAAAGUGCCACCCAAGGCCAUCACCAGCGCCAACGUGGCUGAGCGGGCACAGCUGCUGCUCGACCAGUACCGAAAGAAAUCCAAGCUCUUCCGAAGCAAAGUGCUGCUGGUGCCAUUGGGAGAUGACUUCCGCUACGACAAGCCCCAGGAGUGGGACGCUCAGUUCCUCAACUACCAGCGCCUCUUUGACUUCCUCAAUGCCCACCCAGAACUCCAUGUGCAGGCGCAGUUUGGAACUCUCUCAGAUUACUUUGAUGCCUUGUACAAGCAGAUGGGCAUCGCCCCAGGCAUGCGCCCGCCUGGCUUCCCAGUGGUGAGUGGGGAUUUUUUCUCGUAUGCGGACCGAGAGGACCACUACUGGACAGGCUACUACACUUCCCGGCCCUUCUACAAAAGCAUGGGCCGUGUGCUGGAGGCCCAUCUCCGCGGUGCUGAGAUCUUGUACAGCUUAGCCCUGAGCCACGCUCGCCACGCUGGCAUGGACAGCAAGUAUCCGCUGUCGGACUACGCCAUGCUCACUGAUGCGCGUCGCAACCUGGGGCUCUUCCAGCAUCACGAUGCCAUCACCGGCACUGCCAAGGAGGCCGUGGUCGUGGACUACGGGGUCAGGCUGCUCCACUCCCUCAUGAAUGUCAAACGCAUCAUCCUCAAUGCGGCGCAUUACUUGGUGCUGGCCGACAAGGAGACCUACCACUACGACCUGGCGGUGCCCUUCCUUGGCGCGGAUGAGACGCGCCUCAACCAGGACUCCCUGCCAGAGAAAACCGUUAUCAAGUUGGAUGCAGCACCCAGGUUUGUGGUUGUGUUCAACCCUCUGGAGCAAGAGCGCCUGAGCAUUGUGUCAUUCCUGGUGAACACCCCGCGUGUCCGUGUCCUCAACGAGGAAGGGCAGCCUCAGGCUGUGCAGCUCAGUGCCCAGUGGGAUUCUGCCACGGAUGUGGCACCAGACGUCUACCAGGUAUCCAUUACAAUACGACUACCAGCACUAAGCCUUAGCAUCCUACAACUGAGCAAGUCUUUUGACAGCCACAACACCCUCAAGUCCUCCGUGCGCCUCUUCCUGCAUGGCCGCGACCUUCCUGUGCACAAGCAUGAAGCGUUCCCAGUGCGUGUCAUUCCCACUGCCACAGAGGACUUCUGUCUGGAGAACCAGCACAUGAGAGCUUGCUUCUCAGGGCCCAGCGGUUCGCUCAAGAGCGUGCAUCAUGCUGGUGACGAGCAGGAGCAGAGGCUGAGUAGCCAGUUCCUCAUCUAUGGCACUCGGAGCACGAAAGACAAAAGUGGCGCUUACCUCUUCCUGCCUGAUGGAGAACCCAAGCCCUACAUCCCGAAAGACCCGCCCGUGGUCCGGGUGACUGAGGGACCCUUCUUCUCAGAAGCGGCUAUUUACUACCAGCACAUCCAGGAGGUGGUCCGGCUCUACAAUGUGCCAGGGGUCGAUGGGCUCUCCCUGGAGAUCUCCUGCCUGGUGGAUGUCCGGGACCAGGUGAACAAAGAGCUGGCGCUGCGCUUCAGCACUGACAUUGAGAGUCAAGGCACUUUCUUCACUGAUCUCAAUGGCUUCCAGCAGAUCCAGCCCCGGCAGUACCUGAAGAAGCUGCCCCUUCAGGCCAACUUCUAUCCCAUGCCAGUCAUGGCCUACAUCCAGGACACGCAGAGUCGCCUGACCCUGCACACAGCUCAGGCCUUGGGUGUCUCCAGCCUUAGCAGUGGUCAGCUGGAAGUGAUUUUGGACCGGCGCCUCAUGCAGGAUGACAAUCGCGGCCUAGGACAAGGUCUGAAGGACAACAAGCGGACCUGUAACCACUUCCGCCUUCUGCUGGAACGGCAGAGUGCUGCUAAAAAGAGCUCCGGCUUCUUUUCCAAACUGGCUUCCGUGCUUAGAGGCUGGGUAUUUCCCAACAGCAAGGCUGACAGCCAAGAGGUACAGGACAACCAGCCAGUAAGCUACCCAUCUCUGCUAAGCCACAUGACCUCCAUGCACCUGAACGCUGAGGUGCUCGUGAUGCCCGUUGUUCAGGAGAAGCUGCCACCCCCAGCACUGCGGUCCUUCCUGCCCCUUUUGGCCACCAUGCCGUGUGACUUCCACCUCCUCAAUCUGCGCACGCUGCAAGGAGAGGAUGAUUCCCUGCCCUCCAUGGAGGCAGCUCUGAUUCUGCACCGAAAGGGCUUUGACUGUGGUCUAGAGGCCAGGAACCUGGGCUUCAAUUGCACCACCACCCAGGGCACGCUGCCCCUUGGUGGCUUGUUUCAAGGCCUUGAGCUGGCCUCCCUCCAGCCCUCUUCUUUGACGCUGAUGUACCCACUGGCCACCUCAUCCCCCAACAGCACAGUCAUCCACCUGGAACCCAUGGAGAUCGCCACUUUCCGCCUUCGGUUUGGAUAGUGCCCCUCCGUGGGCCAGUCUGGAACUCACUGGCCAGCCAUACAUUGUGGGAAUGGGAUGAUUGGUCAUCAACACCUCUACCCCGUCGGCAACUAGGCUGGAUAGGUGCCACCUCGGCUGCGGCUCAGUGCCAGGAUGCCACAAGGGAUGAAAGACUCAACGCACCUGCCACGUCAUUAUUUAUUUCUCUCCUCUUAACGACUCGCAUAAAAAGCCAGGGAAAGGCCGCUGCUGAUCUCAUCAGGUCCAGGUGUCCUGUACACAGAGACCCACCGAGGGUGACUGGAUGUUUUGAUGGGGGGGGGGGGGAGUGGGUGGGUGAGAUCUGCAGUGACUGCAGCAAAGGCCUCAGUUCUUGCCCUCCCCACUCUUGGGGAAUGAGAUCUAGGUGUUCUACUUUCCUACCUGAUGAGAUGGGAAACAGACUUGCUAAUGUAGCAAACACUGGAAAGAGAGAUCUGUGAGUUUCCUGGACUCAGAACAUGCUUUUAAGAAACAA